AAGUCGUUUUCGUAUUGCCGGUUAAACCCGCUACUGCUUUCAAAAACUUAGCGAGAAAUUCUUUUAAAUCUCUCUUUUAUUUAGUGUUUCUUGACAAAACAAUCGAGUCUAUACAGGACUACAGGUUCUCUUCACUAUUAGAAGCAAUACUGCAUCAUCAUUUCGUUUACAUCAUUCAGAUUUCAGAGGCUCAUUUAGCACAAACAGUCAAUUUUACCGACUAGCUAAUUUAAGCUCUUUUGACCAAUGUUAUCGUAAGCACUCGUAAGUGGGAACUAUGAUUUCUUAUUUCAUUACGGUUUGUCAACCCCACUUAAGAAUCACCAUGUUCACAUCUGAACUUGACAAACUGUGCACUUCAACGGAAGGUCAACUAAACACCAAAAUUCAAGGGGCAAUUCAUUUCAAUUAAGGUGGUUGCAAAAAUAAAUCAAAAUUUCUUAUGACAGCCAAGUGCCUCAUGUAAGAGAAGUAGCAACAAACCCAGCAAAUUGAAUUGUAACCCUCUUUCAGUAUUAUAAUGCCGCCAAGCAUCAGACUCGUCUGAAAAAAAUUAGGUUGCGGCCUCGUAAUUAGACACGAUAUCCGUUAUUGGGCUGGCGCCAGUUUUUAAUCACUUCUUCACAAUGGACGUCGUAGACAACUCAAGCAUAGUAUACACAUACAAAUGCACUGUUCAUACAACAUCCUUUUGAGGUCCAUUUAUUUCUCAUGGUACUGUUCUGUUCGUGUUUAGUUGGGAUUGCCAAUGAGAUUCUCAGUUUUGGCACGUCCAUUACGAUUGUCAAAAUAAUUAAACUAAGCAUGUUACCGUAAAAUAUGCCUUUAAGUCCUAUUGUUGUCAUUUGGAAAAGGCCAAAUUCUAGGGCUGACCCAUCCACACUGUUUCUGUAAAAAAAUUUGCCAUGGUCCCGGCUUCAUCUUAAGAUUUAAACCAAACUCAGCGAUCACAUCGUCCUGAAAAAAAGCAGAAUAAGAAAGCUAAAAUAAGAUUUAUGCUAGAGAUUCUGCUAUGGAGGAAGAACAGAGAAUGCUCGUUAAUCGUCCAGUCUAAGACGAGACACAAAGAAAAGUGAAGAAACAGAGAGAAGCUCGGCCGUCCGUGUCGUGAUUAUCGAGUCGUGCUGAAGCUAUCAAAGAAGGUGUCGAGAAGAGGAGGAGGUGAAGGCGGGGCAGAGGUCGACGAGGGAGGAGUGUUUCUGUCCCCGUGUGUUUUCAAUCGAUGAAACUCGUCACGGAGAGAAUUGACAAACGGAAUAUAUACUCUCAACUUCCGACUAUCGGUGGGACCGGUCUCUUCCGCGUCGCUUAUUAACGAAAAACUUAAACUGAUACUUUUUUAAGUCUUAUUUCAGUUUCCGUGUCGAUUUUUAAGUGGUUUCGUUUUCUUUUCAACACAUUCAGGUUCAAUGGAAGUUAUCCCCUUUAUCUGAUAGCAAUUUUCGAUUAUCCUCAUCCCAUUUUGAUUCGAAGGCCUCAUGUAUCGGCGAUAUCUUCCGUUAAAAUUUUAUCCAGUACUACCCGAAGAGAGCUGUCGAUGAUUCCACCUUUUUUUAUUGAUGACAGAUGGUGAUAGCUCGACGAUCGUGAUCCGCCCGUUGUCUUUUAUGCCAGUGUCGUGCUUUUGUUAUAAUGGCGCCAAUUGAUCGGGACCAGCAGAGGUAGAACAAACGCCAUCAACCCACCCCGAACAUUCUGCAUUGUUCGCCUGCUCGACUCACUUUUGUUGAAUGUUCUAGCGCGAUAUAGUAAGUCUCGUCUGUCACGCCGAGUCCGUCGAUCGCUCCAUCUUCUCCGUCCGGGCCGGGUGGCUCUCACUCGGCGCUGUUUCUCUCUCACGUUCCAUUCUAAUUGAAUGCAAAUCGUGAGGUCAGUCUUUAUGGACAUUGGCGGGGGAGGGUGGCUGGCCACAGAGCCCAAAGUCCAAUCUAGACGAUCGGCGUCCGGCGAGGAGGAGGAUGUCGGUCCCGAUGAUGUAGUGCCCCUCCCAACUGACUGGCGGGGGGAGAGAGUGCCUAGAUACGAUCCAACUGCUCUGCCCCAAACUCCCUAUCCUCAUGUGUCAGCGCCAUUAGCAUAUCAAGAUGGAGGAAUACAAUCAAGAGCCCCCGCGCCGGGUUGAGAAAAAGAAGACCCUCACUCGGCCGCCGGAAGAAAAAAGAGUCGCUAAAAGUCAAACAACGGAGGUGGCGCUCUAUGGGAUAUAGAGCUCUCUAUAAGCGGCAGAUAAACGCUCUAUAGAGUCCCGCAGGAGCCCAGAAGAUAUAUACACACACCAAACACUUGGCGUUUUCAUCGCCGCUGGUUAUCCGGAUUAGAAAGCUCGGAAUGCGAAAGGAGAUGUGUCCGAGUUGAGCGUCGAAGAGGAGAGCGCCGGCGUGGAAAACGGAAAGAAAAGAGGCUCGAAAAGAAAAGGGUGGGACCGAAACUCACGGGGCAAACUCUUUUGACUCAUCGGCGGCCCGGCCUCUCUCUCUUUAUAUAUUUUCUUGUCUUGUAGUAUAUAUGCUCUCUAUGGAGGAGAGAGAGAGAGACUGGGCUAUACAGACUCUUCUUUGGUGCACCCCCCCCAUACACACACACACAGUUGUUUGCUAUCGCGAUGGCUACGCUCUCAUGUCGAGUUGAUCGUCGAUGAUUCGUUUCCCGCCACUCUGCCGGAUCGGUCGCCUAUCCUCACCUCCUUUGUGUGCUCCUGAUUCAUCCCGCUUCUCCCGUUCCAGGCAUCUCUAAAUAUCCACCACCAUGCAUUUGGUUCAGAGCAACUUCGUCUAGUUCAUCCAGCGCAUGGUUUUGGGUCCCGCACACUCACGAAGCGAUCCCGAUGCUCCCGGAGAAGGCGAGCGCUAGCAACGGGACGGUAGCAGUAGCGGUGGAGGGCAGCGGCAGCCAAAAGCGGAUCCAGUGCGGAAAUAGCCCCUCGUUGUCGUCGACGUCGCCAUCGGCUGAGAGUCUUCUGAAACAGCAGCAGCAGCAGCCGGACAAGAUGGCGAAAGAGACCAACCUGUCCGGCAAGGUUUCCGGCUUAGCGGCGGCGGCCGACGAUCAGCACGAACCCAUUCUACUCAAUCACCAUCCCGACGAGCAGCAGGACGAAGACAAGGCGCAAAUCGUUUUCUUCCUCUCGGAGACUACGGCGGUGAGCGCCGGAAGCCACCGGCCGGAUGCGCCCAACGAGGACUCACCAGCCCUGCAGGAACGCGAAACCUGGGCCAAGAAAGCCGAAUUCCUUCUGGCCGUCAUUGGCUUUGCGGUCGAUCUUGGCAACGUCUGGCGAUUCCCUUACAUCUGCUACAAAAACGGAGGAGGUGCGUUCCUCAUUCCAUAUGUCGUCAUGAUGGUCUUUGGCGGUCUGCCGCUAUUCUACAUGGAGCUGGCCCUGGGACAGUUUCACCGCAGCGGCUGCCUAACUCUCUGGAAGCGCAUCUGCCCGGCCCUGAAAGGAGUGGGCUACGCCAUUUGCAUCAUCGAUUUCUACAUGGGCAUGUACUAUAAUACCAUCAUCGGCUGGGCCGUCUACUAUUUUGUGGCUUCGUUCACGUCCGAGUUGCCCUGGACGUCGUGCGACCACCCGUGGAACACCAACAGUUGCGCACUUGUCGGACCCGUCGAUAACGGCACGUUCGUCCGAAGUCCCGCCCAGGAAUACUUUGAGCGGAACGUCUUGGAGAAUUACCGGUCGGACGGGAUGGACGAUCUCGGAGCAAUCAAAUGGUCGCUGGCCCUGUGCGUCUUUGCCGUCUUUGUCCUCGUCUACUUCUCACUGUGGAAGGGAGUCCGAUCGACUGGCAAAGCCGUUUGGAUCACGGCCGUCGCUCCUUAUAUUGUCCUCAUCAUCCUCCUCUUCCGCGGCGCAUCGCUGCCAGGCGCCGGUGAUGGCAUCCGCUACUUCCUCACGCCCCAGUGGAGUAAACUGGCUGAAACAAAGGUUUGGACCGAUGCGGCGUCACAAGUAUUUUUCUCACUGGGACCUGGUUUCGGCACCCUAUUGGCCCUCUCCAGUUACAACAAGUUCCACAACAAUUGCUUCUAUGACGCCUUGUUGACGAGCUCCAUCAACUUGGCCACCAGCUUACUGGCCGGCUUUGUCAUCUUCGCCGUGCUCGGUUACAUGGCCGAAAUUAGAAACGUUUCGAUCGAUCAACUUGGACUGGAAGGUCCUGGAUUAGUUUUCGUCGUUUAUCCGGAAGCAAUAGCGACGAUGGCCGGAUCGACAUUUUGGUCGAUGAUAUUCUUUUUCCUAUUGAUUACGCUUGGAUUGGAUAGCACUUUUGGUGGAUUAGAGGCCAUGAUCACGGGACUGUGCGAUGAGUAUCCCGUCUUACUGGGCCGCCGGAGGGAACUAUUUGUCGGGAUAUUACUCGUUUUCAUCUACCUCUGUGCUCUCCCGACCACAACUUAUGGUGGAAUGUAUUUGGUCGAUUUAUUGAAUGUCUACGGCCCUGGCAUAGCCAUCCUCUUCUUAGUGUUUGUGGAGGCUAUGGGCGUGAGCUGGUGUUACGGUACCCAGAGGUUCUCCGACGACAUUGAGUCUAUGCUCGGCUUCCAACCGGGACCCUUUUGGAAAAUCACUUGGGCUUACGUCAGCCCCAUCUUUAUUCUGCUAAUUUUCAUCUGCACAUUGAUCGAUCCGGUCCCGCUGGACACACAAGAUUACACCUACCCGGCUUGGUCCAUCAAAGUCGGUUGGGUACUCACAGCCAUCCCGCUGUCUUGCAUCCCCAUUUACAUGAUCUACAAAUUUAUCAUCACCAAAGGAACUUUCGUGCAGCGAUUGGUGAAAAUGUUUACACCGGAAGACACGAGCGAUCCUCGAAACUUGUCGCAGAUGACUCUGACGGCCCGCGAUGCCGUCGCGCCCAGCACCGUCAGUCAUCACUCCACUUCCUAUGGCACUCAAGUCUGAAUGAGAAACCAAACCAGCCCCCCCAACAUUACAUUUCAAUUAUAAAAUCACCCUUCAUUUGUUUUUUUCUAAUAACUGUCCAGCUUUUUUUUUUGUACGAAAACUUAAAUUCAUUAGAAAUGUUCGUGUCGAUAGAAGCAAUAGUGUAGGGUAAAUAUCAUUUGUUAUCAUCGAUGUGUGUCUCCUCUAGCUGUUUUAUAAGACCCCCCGUCGUUUCAUUGAUUGUUAUCGUUAUUAUUAUUAUAAAAAAAGGAUAAUGACUAGCAUUUCGUGAUUGUUUAACCAUGGAGAAAGUUCCAGUAAGCAACAGCCAGCUUAAAGGGACUUUUCGUUUCCUUUCUUUUGUAUGCUCCUCUUUAUUCUAGACACCAAUUCCGUAAAUAAACAUGCGAGAGUCGGAUUGUAAUAAAUCAUCUCACAUUUCUCA